CUGCACCACAGCCCCUUUUCAUUUCCACCUCCACGAAUCUCCAUUUUCUAGCUUCCAGAUUUCCUACAGCGGAAGACUGAACAAUUAGAGAGAUGAAUGAAGAAUAUGACGUUAUUGUGCUCGGCACCGGGCUGACGGAAUGCAUCCUGUCAGGCAUCAUGUCAGUGAAGGGGAAAAGGGUUUUGCACAUGGACCGCAACUCCUACUACGGAGCUGAGAGUGCUUCCAUCACACCCCUUGAAGAUCUUUACAAGCGCUUCAACAUUCCUGGCAACCCGCCAGAUUCAAUGGGAAAAGGCCGGGAUUGGAACGUGGACCUCAUCCCCAAGUUCCUGAUGGCUAACGGUCAGCUGGUCCGCAUGCUGCUGAUCACACAGGUGACCCGCUACCUGGAUUUUAAAGUGAUUGAAGGAAGUUAUGUGUACAAGGGAGGAAAAAUCCAUAAAGUCCCCUCCACUGAGACGGAGGCCCUAGCGUCUAGCCUCAUGGGACUGUUUGAGAAGCGGCGCUUCAGAAAGUUCUUGAUCUUUGUUUCCAACUUCGACGAAAAUGACCCAAAAACCAUGGAAGACGUCGAUCCUCAAAAGACAACAAUGCGGGCCAUCUUCCAGAAGUUCAGCCUUGGGCAGGAGGUCAUGGACUUCACGGGUCACUCCCUGGCGCUCUACCGCACAGAUGAUUACCUGGAUCAACCUUGCAUUCAAACAAUUAACAGAAUAAAGCUUUACAGCGAGUCUUUGGCCAGGUACGGCAAGAGCCCAUACCUCUACCCUCUGUAUGGUCUGGGAGAACUUCCUCAAGGCUUUGCCAGACUCAGUGCCAUCUACGGAGGGACGUACAUGCUUAACAAACCCAUAGAAGAGAUCGUGAUUGAGAAGGGGAAGGUGGUGGGAGUCAAGUCAGAGGGAGAGAUUGCAAGGUGCAAGCAGCUGAUCUGUGACCCCAGCUAUGUAAUGGAUCGUGUGAGGAAAGUGGGUCAGGUGAUCAGGGUCAUUUGCAUCAUGAACCACCCUAUUGCCAACACGGGUGAUAUCAACUCCUGCCAGAUCAUCAUUCCCCAAAAUCAGGUCAACAGGAAGCAUGACAUCUACGUUUGUAUGAUCUCCUUUGCUCACAAUGUGGCUGCACAGGGUAAAUACAUUGCUAUUGCCAGCACCACAGUGGAAACGGGCAACCCAGAGAAGGAGAUCAAGCCGGCUCUGGACCUGCUGGAGCCCAUCGAGCAGAAGUUUGUCAGCAUCAGCGACCAGUAUGAACCCACUGACGCAGGCACCGACAGUCAGAUUUUCAUCUCCCGUACCUACGAUGCAACGACUCACUUUGAGACGACCUGCGAUGACAUCAAAGAUAUCUACCGGAGGAUGACCGGCUCAGACUUUAACUUUGCGGAGAUGGAGCGCGGGAAGCAGGACAUCUUCGGCGAUGCUGCAGAGUAGAGGCGACGCAUUAUCCGACAACAGAAAUUCUACAAAAAAAAAAAAAAGUACAAACCUUUGGGCCAACUGCAUAUUCACAUAGAGUUUGCCCAUUAUGGAAGUUGAUGAUAUAUAGAGGUAUGAUAGAGUUUUAGGGUUCAGGGAUGGAACAAAGCUUUUUCAGAUCAUUCGGGUGGAUGUUGCACUAAACAUUGGAAAUGGCGAGUUGACAGUAAAACCCUGUAAGUAAACAUGUUAAGAUGAUGCAUAGUCCAAAGAUGCCAAAACAAAUGAGUCCUAAUCACUAAAACAUACUGGCGGUAUUUGUGAAGAGGGGGUGUUCGAUUUUCUGUCGCGUUAACGUUUCUUUAAAAAUGAUAAAUAUCUGCAAAUUCAAUGUUUUGUUUGAAAAUCUCUUCUUUUUGUCUCAGAUUGAGAAGGACUUGGCUUGGUCCUUUUGUAUUAAAUCAUGUAACUCUAUUUCUGGGCUCUGCUAAUUAAAGCAAAUACAGGUUGCAGCACAUCAGACAUCACAUGGUCAAGUUUUGUGAAGUAAAGUGAUUUACUGUGGGCUAUUUUCAUAUGUAUAUUUUUUUACUUGAUGUCAUCAAAUCCCUGCAGAUGAAUCUGAUGAGAAGUCGAGCCACAGCAGCAUCUAUACCUAAACCUGAACUACCUGUUCAACAGCUUGAUUUACAUCAUCGCAUUAAAGCAGUCCUGUGAUCUAUCAAACGAUGGCAGACCCAAACAUUACCAGCAGAUGUGGUUCACUGUAGUUGCUUAAGGACCAAAUGUGUGCUGCAGCAGUGAUGAAUUGAUUAGAGCCCUGAAAUGCUGUAUAAAGACAAAUAUAUGUAAGGAGAUUUGGGCUCAAAUGAUUUCUGUACUACAAAGUAAAGGAAACGAAGCCCA